UGCCAUGGUCAAGAUGUCUCCUUAACAACAUAACGUUAGCUGGUUGUGAGAGCAUCAGAUUUCUAUUUGCUUUGCUUUGCUGACACCCAGCUACAUGUCUGCCGGUGCUAUAGAACCAGCUACCUAAAAUAUGGCAGAAACGGGCGACAACAAGAAGGAGGAGGCGGACUAUAAGAGAUUGCACAGCUUCCCUCUGAUCAGGCAUACAGACAUGCCAGAGGAGAUGAGGGUGGAGACAAUGGAGCUGUGUGUUACUGCGUGUGAAAAGUUUGCUUCCAAUAAUGAGAGUGCAGCCAAGAUGAUAAAAGAGUCGAUGGACAAGAAGUUUGGCAGCUCAUGGCAUGUGGUGAUCGGAGAGGGCUUUGGCUUCGAGAUCACACAUGAGGUGAAGAACCUCCUGUACAUGUUCUUUGGGGGCAGUCUGGCAGUAUGUGUGUGGAAGUGCUCUUAACACUUGCACACACAAACACACCCACAGCACACACCCUUAGUGAAGCACAAACAGCUGACAAAUCCGAAGAUCUGAACCGCGGCACAUGCUCACUCCUGCACUAGUCCUGGAGACCCCACCCCGCCCUCCUGCACAGCUCCACAUUUCCCCAUUUGACCACACCUUACUCACAUCAUGAAUCCUUAUCACGCCCUUCGUGAAAUCAGUUGGACUUGUUACAGAGUCAUGGUAGAUACAGGAAAGCAUGAACCUAUGCAAGUGGUCCCCCCAGCUGUGUGUGUGUGUAUGUAUGUGCAUUAGCAUAGCUGUGUUUGUGGAGACCCAACAUAGAAAAAUGCAGUCAUUUGUCUCACCCCCCACCCCCCCUUAAAUUUAUCAGGAGAAACACGACAUUUCACGUUUUUAGUUUUUCUAUCCAACAAUACUGGAUCUCAGUACUCAAAACCAACAAUGCUGGAUCUCUGUUCUGCCAGACCAUCUGGGUGUUGAGUUCCAUCUCUACUCUUUCUCUCAUCUCUGUCGCUUUCUUACUUGUUCCUUCCCUCUUUCAUCUCUCUCACUCUCCCUUUCUCUCUCCUCCCUUCUUUUCAUCCUCACCCCUCACCAACUGUCUAUCUCUGUUUUUCACUUUAAUAUCUGUUGCCUGGGAAGUACUUUUUCAUAAGAAAUAUAUAUUUUUCCAGUCUCAGUAUGUGAAUAUCUCAUGUAUAUAUUUUAUAGAAUAUAAUUGUAAAUUUUGUACAUUUGUGAAAUUGUUAAUUGUUGUAUAAUAAAACAUCACUGAUAC